CUCCGCCCCGAGAUCUCGAGAACUAUCUCAAUAUCGGCAGUCAGUGCGUUCUUCUGCGAGAAUUUGGUUAAGACCAUCGCAAGAUCGUCACCAUGGCCGACUCAAAGCCCGUCGCCGCGUCCCUGGCAGUCAAGUCUGCCGAGAAGCAGCCCGACGUUGAUCACGUCGAUCUCGUCAAGGCUGAGUCUGGCGAUGACGAGGUUCCGCCCGUCAUCUCUGCAUUCGCAGAAUUGACCCGUAACCAAGCCAUGUGGAAGUUCAAGAGGCUGUAUCUCAACGGCCUCCUUGUUUGCGUGGCCGCGUUAUACGCGGGCUACGCCAAUUCGGUGGUUGGUAGCAUCGUUGCGAACCAAGGGUUUAUCGACUACUUCGGAUCGACAAGAGACCCUGCGACGGGAAAGCUCGCUCUCAAUCCCCAAUAUGUAUCUCUGUGGGGUGCCAUCUAUUCGAUUGCGCAGAUUCUCAUUCAGGUCAUGGCGCCGUGGGCGUCUGACAGGUUCGGGCGCAAGCUUUGCAUGUGGCUGAUCAGCCUUUUCAUCGUCAUUUCCAUCAUCAUUCAGGUCGUCUCCACCCAGUGGUACCACAUCCUCAUUGCGCGAUUCAUCGCGGGAUUUGCCGGCGGCAUGAUGGGCACAGCCGUUAUGGUUUACAUGUCCGAGAUCUCGCUGCCCCAAUUCCGCGGAGCUCUCCUUGGGGCAUUUUCGCUCGGAUUUGCCCUGGGGCAAGUCUUCCUUGCUGUUGCCUUUAAAAUUCUUGCGGACUACAACCCAAUGGCCUUCCGGAACGCGUUCUAUUCGGAGUUUGUGUUCACCAGCCUGUGGCUGCUCGUCAUGCUGUGGCUUCCAGAGUCCCCCGCUUGGUAUGCCAGCAAGGGACGUGACGAGGAAGGCAAGAAAGCUCUGCGCAGACUCGUCGGUGGGGUCGACGGCUACGAUAUUGACCACGAGUUCGCCGUUAUCCGUUACGACUUUGAACAAUCACAGGCAAAGCGUAAAGCCACCCAGUCCGACUGGGGUGCCAUCUUCAAGAACAAGACCAAUCUCCAGCGCGCAUUCGUCUCUGCCAUCCCUUUCACGCUGCAGAAUAUCGUGGGCGUACCUCUCAUGUUUGGCUACACGACGUACUUCUUCCAGCUCGCAGGCGUCGCCGAUCCUUUCCUUGGCAACAUGGUCAAGCAGCUCGUGCUCGUUGUCGGCAUCAUCGUCUCGUUCUACACUGUCGACAUUGUCGGGCGCCGUCCCUUGGUCCUUUACGGCACCUUGGCCAUGGCCGUGCUGACCUUCCUAGUCGGCUGUCUGAGCUUUGUCACCAUGACCGCGGCUUCAGGCGCAGCUCUGGUCGCGCUUUGUUGCCUAUGGGCGUUUGUCUAUGCGAACACCCUCGCACCCAUUGGAUGGCUGUCGCUUGUUGAGAUUUCCAGCCCUAGUGUCCGUGCCAAGACAACCUCUAUUGCCGUCACAGUCCAGUACCUUACUGGAAUCCUCUUUAACUACACUGUCCCGCUCAUGCUGUCGAACCAGUACGCCGGGUGGGGCACCAAGAUUGGGUUCUUCUUUGCGGGACUCAGCGGCCUCAUGCUGGUCCCAAUCAUCUUCUUCUAUCCCGAGACCAAAGGCCGCACAUAUGCGGAGAUUGACGAGCUCUACCAACGUGGGAUCCCGGCUUGGCGUUUCAAUGCAACCAAGACGCAUGCUCAAGAAGAGAUUGAGGCUUUGAGGGGCGUAGGCACCCUCGCUCAGUAGGCAAGAACUGGCUGACGUUCAAAAUAUGACAACGGAAACGUUGCAUCGACUGUGGCCUAGCCAGCAUCGUCAGUGCCAGACAAGGAGCAGUUCUAAUUCACGAGCUCUUUAGCAUAGCUUCUAAUACAUUAG